ACCGAAGAACAGCGCAUGGAAGAAGGUCGCCGUAUGUUCCAGAUAUUUGCAGCGCGUAUGUUUGAACAAAGAGUCCUUGCUGCUUAUAGAGAAAAAGUAGCUCAAGAACGACAGCAAAGAUUACUAGAGGAACUUGCAGAAGAGGACCGAUUGCGAGAAGAAAGAGAAGCAAAGAAACAACUAGAAAGGGAGCGCAAAAAGGACAAAAAAAGGUAUUGCCUCGUGACACAUCACAGUUCCAAAUGUUCUAAUCUUUAUUUUCAUUUGCCCCAGACAAUUAAAAAAACAGCAAGAGGAAGAAAGGCUCGCGCUUGAAGCCAAAAAGAAAGCUGAAGAAGAAGCUUUACGUCAACAAAAAGAAAAAAAGAUGGAAGAAGAGCGGCAGAGGCGUGAGAAGGAACGCCUAAGGAAAGAAGAAGAAAAGAGACAGCGUGAAGAGGAGCGUCAGAAGAAGGAAGAAGAAAAGAGACGAAGGCUUAAAGAAGAGAAGAAGCGUAGAGAGAAGGAAGAGAAAGAACGUAAGGAAAAGGAAGAAAGAGAGCGCAAAGAAAAGGAGGAAAAGGAACGCAAGGCAAAAGAAGAGAAAGAGCGCAAGGAAAAGGAAGAGCAUGAGCGAAGAGAGAAAGAGCAGCAAGAACGAAAGGCAAACAAAGAAAAAGAGCGUAAAGAAAAGCUACGUUUGGAGAAGGAAAAGGUCGACGAACAAGAAAAGCCAAAGGAAGAAGCAAUAGUUGUGACUCCAACUGCUACGACUGCACCUAAACAGCCCAUUAUAGAAAAACAGCCAGUAUUACCGCAGUAUAGUCAUAUUCCUCCAGAUGACUUUGAGAACAGACAACAAGUAUUGAUUGAAGCCCUUGUUGGAUCUACCUCAAGACCUUCAAACUUUGUUGAACCCAAUAACAUUCAGCAUUCUCUUGCUCAAUUACAACUAUCGCAGCCCAGUCCUCUCCCUCUUUCUCACCCGCAUCAUCUUCAUCAUCAUCAACAGCAGCCUCCUUUACCACAUAUACAACAGCAACAAUCGUUUAUGCCAUUAUCUGGUCAUUUAGGUGGGACACCCGCCUCGUUCCUUUCAACUUCACUUGAUCAUACCUCAUCUUUAUCCGAUGCUAAUUCAUCUGUCCUUGGACUGUUUAAUAAUCGAUCCACUGCACCGCCUUCUACAUCACUCCUAACAGAAACACCUUCCACUCGGCGAUCGCUUACAUCGAUUGCACCUAUUGGACAACCUAUUCAUAAUGGACGUCGUUCAUCUGUACAACCAGUAGGAACAAUAGGAUCGCUACCGGAUGAUGCCUUUCUAAGCGGUAAACGAACAGAAACAGAAGGAAUGGCUGCGCGAUCCUUCUUUUCCAGUUUCCUAUUUGGAGAGCCUACUAAAUGUAAAUUCUUUUUUAUUGUAAAUUAUAUAGUAAACUAACAUCUUAUAUUAGAUCAUAAUAACACGCCACCUCCUCACGUGUUGCCUCAUGACUAUGAUACCAGACUGGCUCAGGACAAUAGAAGGUUUUCAGGCGAUGGACAACA